CGGAGCCAGCAGCGGCGGCGUAGCGACGAGCUGAGAGGAAAUAAAUCAUUUUAAUUUAAUUUAUUCAACUCCAGAGCUGGCGGAGAGGCGACGUGUGCAGCCCGCUGAUGCUGCACAGACACACGGCCAGCCUGCAAACUUCAGAGUGGAUCUAUAAACUGUUAAAUACUCUGCUGCUGCUGCUGCUUUAUCAGCUUCAUCAUCACAAUAAUAACAAUAAGAGCAAUUAUGGCUUAAUUAGUGAGCAGCUCCUCCAUUAAAGCAACAGAUGAGAAAAUGCACGGGACGAAUAACAGAGACGUUAAAGAGCUGAGACAGCGCACCUGUGCCCUGUAAGCUUCUCCGUGGAUCCUCCUCCUAACCUCCCGUCAACCAGACAUACAGAUACUUCUUCCAUCCCAUCUCACAUCCUGACGCCAGCAUGCCCAUCAUCAGCAAUGCCAAUCACGACUUCAGCACCUACUCCAUCAGCAGCGAUGACAGCAGCCUCGACCGUUUCUUCACUGAGAUCCCAGAGACUGAGACCAUCAAGGGCGUUUACUUCCAGCGCGCCCAGCUGCUCCGUGACCCCAAGGCGUCCUACGUGGUCGACCAUACCCUGCAGGUUCUCAUCAAUGUCGGGGGCAACCGCUACACCUUCCCCUGGAGCACCUUGGAGCAGUUCCCCCAGAGCCGCCUGGGGCGUCUGCGCUUCUGCACCACGCCCGAGGAGAUCGCACGACUCUGCGACGACUACGACGAGACGUGCCAGGAGUACUUCUUCGACCGGAACCCGACCGCCUUCAGGGUCAUCCUCAACUUCCUGGCUGCAGGGAAGCUGCGCCUGCUUCGAGAACUGUGCGCCGUGUCGCUGCACGAUGAGCUUGACUACUGGGGUGUGGAUCCGGGCCACAUGGAGCGCUGCUGCCGGCGCCGCAUGAUUACCCGUGUGGAGGAGGUGGCCGAGCGAGAGCGCAAAGAAGAGGAGUGGAGGCAGAAGAGGCUGAUACUGAAGAAAACCAACACAGAAGUUGUAAAGGGCUACCGCAAAAUCACCUGGAUCCUGCGAGAAGUGGUGGAAAACCCUCAGUCCGGGUUGGCGGGGAAGAUGUUUGCCUGCCUCUCGGUUGUUAUGGUGAUGGUCACCGUCAUCAGCCUCUGCAUCAGCACCAUGCCGGACCUCAGAGAUGAAGAGACAAGGGGCGAGUGCUCCCAGAAGUGUCAGAGCAUGUUCGUGGUGGAGUCCAUCUGUGUGGCGUGGUUCACUCUGGAGUUCAUGCUGCGUUUCGUCAACGCUCAGAGCAAGCUGGCCUUCGCUCGCGGGCCCCUUAACAUCAUCGACGCCAUCGCCAUCCUGCCGUACUACGUGUCCCUGGUGGUGGACGUCAGGGACGGGGCGCACGAUGACGUCAUCAUGGGCGCCGGCAGAGGCUACCUGGACAAACUGAGCCUGAUCCUGCGGCUCCUGCGAGCGCUGCGGAUCCUGUACGUGAUGCGGCUGGCCCGCCACUCUCUGGGCCUGCAGACGCUGGGACUGACCAUGCAGCGCAGCAUGCGGGAGUUCGGCCUGCUGCUGCUGUUCGUCUGCGUGGCUGUGACCCUCUUCUCCCCCCUGGUGCAUCUAGCGGAGAGCGAGCUGGCGCCGUUCGCCGCCACGUACCCCCACCACAGCUUCAGCAGCAUCCCCGCCUCCUACUGGUGGGCCAUCAUCUCCAUGACAACGGUGGGGUACGGCGACAUGGUGCCGCGCAGCAUCCCGGGACAGAUCGUGGCGCUCACCAGCAUCCUGAGCGGCAUCCUCAUCAUGGCGUUCCCCGCCACCUCCAUCUUCCACACCUUCUCCCGCUCGUACCAGGAGCUGAAGCAGGAGUACGAGCGGCUCUGGAAGGAGGAGAGAGGCGAGGAGAUCGCCGCCGAGUCGGAGGAGAGCUGGUCCAAAGUGGAUUUGUCACCGAAUGAGUUCACGUCUGCGGCGAAGGAAGAUAAUGACGGGCCGAUGUCAAACACGAGUCAUCAGCCCACGCUGCCUCCGACAGCUUUCUAACGCGGAGAGAGCAGUCGGACUCUUUGAUUCACUGAUUACGUGUUAAAAACAGUGACACUUGACAACAUACUCGUCUUAUAUAAGCACAUUUAGACUCUGAAGGACUGUUAUAUUCUCAACACUUUAGGUUCUCGUCUCUUCACGCUUUAACACAUCAAGCUUCCAACAAACUAUCUAAUACUUGUCAGCUCAUAUUUAGCUUUUUCAUAUCAGUAAACAUACUAAAGCUUUACUCCAGCUGAAUGUAAGAAGAUAUAAACUAUAAUCUAAAACUAUUGUGCACAUUUUUUUAGUUUUAAAAUGAGGAUAUACAGAGUGUUUAUUAUAUAUAAAGGUAAUAUAAUAAAUGGCCGUUUUUAUCGUCAGUUAUUCGUAAUUUCUGUCUGUUGCUUCACAACAUUCCAUGUUUGUGCGUUUGUGUUUAAAGCGCUCUUCACUAUAUGUAAUAAUAAUAACUUUAUUUGUAUAACACCUUUACAAACAGUGUUCUCAAAGUGUUUUUCAAGCAAAAGCAGAAAGCAAGAAGACGCAAAAUCAUAGCAGACAGACAACAAAUGAAACAAGAUGUCAGAAAAAAUGCUUAAAAGUAAAUAAAUAUGUUGGAGCAAUAUAGACAAUAAAACAGUAAAAAGAUGCUUAAAAAAGGAGACAUCAAACAAAAGGAAGUGUGUAAAAAUUGUCUUGAGAUUUAAAAGAAGUCAACUACUCAGCAACUAGCAUCCUUUAGCCGACUCUGGUAAACCUGAGGCUAACCUACGCAGUUAAAACAAUAUCCGGUCGAAAGAUAGGAAGGAUAAUUGGAAGCAUAACAUCAUCAUUCAUUAUUAUUUUGAAUAUAAUUAUUAAUGUGAAAUUUUGACAGAAUCUUAGCCGAACUGUGUCCGAUUUGGGAUACAGUGACAUUAAAUAAAUUCAAAUAAAACAUUAAUCAGAAAGGCAUCAAUAAAGAAAACAAGCACAGACAGAAUUCACUUCACCCACUUGAUCACUUGAUUGUUUGUUUGUUUGUUUUUCGAUCACGCGUCUCAUAAAUCUGCUGCUUUCAUGUCACCAACGCUCAGAUUUUGUGUGUUUGGGUUUGUCUUUAAAUUUUUAACCUGCAGCUGAUUCAUCGACACAAACACACAAAGUUAAAUCUUCACUGUGAUAGAUUACACAACAUGAAAGUCGUUUUAAACUUACAGGAUGUUGAACAAUGUAUGAAAAUGAAAGUGAGCCGUGUUUGAGAUUUGUAUUUAAUGUUCAGAUUCUUGUCGCUCCUCUUGUCUCGCUGUCUGUUGAACUUCCAGGAACUUUUAAAAUAAUAAUAAACUCUUCUGCUUUUAUUUUUA